AUGCCCGAGCAGCUCAGCGUCGCCGAGUUCCUGGCCGUCACCGCGGAGGACCUCAGCUCCCCGGCCGGGGCCGCUGCCUUCGCCGCCAAGAUGCCCCGGUGCCGGGGGGCGGCGCUGGCGCGGGAGGAGGUCCUGGAAGGAGACCAGGCCCUCCUGCAGAGAGUGAAGAAGGCGGUGCGGGCGAUCCACAGCUCCGGCCUUGGCCACGUGGAGAACGAGGAGCAGUACCGAGAGGCUGUGGAGUCAUUAGGCAACAGCCACCUGUCCCAAAACAGUCACGAGCUGUCCACCGGCUUCCUGAACCUGGCCGUGUUCACCCGCGAGGUGGCCGCGCUCUUCAAGAACCUGGUUCAGAACCUGAACAACAUUGUCUCUUUCCCCCUGGACAGUCUGUUGAAGGGGCAGCUGAGGGAUGGGCGACAGGACUCCAAAAAGCAGCUGGAGAAGGCGUGGAAGGACUACGAGGCCAAAAUGGCCAGGCUGGAGAAGGAGAGGGACCGGGCCAGGGUGACAGGAGGGAGCCCUGGGGAGGUGGCCCAGGACACGCAGAGAGAGCGGCGCGUCUUCCAGCUGCACAUGUGUGAGUAUCUGCUGAAAGCCGGGGAGAGCCAGAUGAAGCAAGGCCCCGAUUUCCUGCAGAGCCUCAUCAAGUUCUUCCACGCCCAGCACAACUUUUUCCAAGAUGGCUGGAAGGCUGCUCAGAGCCUGUCCCCCUUCAUCGAGAAGCUGGCGGCCUCGGUACAUGCACUGCGUCAAGCGCAGGAGGAGGAGCUGCAGAAGCUGACCCAGCUCCGCGACUCCCUCCGAGGGACGCUGCAGCUUGAGAGCAGAGAGGAGAACCUGAGCCGGAAGAACUCGGGGGGUGGCUACAGCAUCCACCAGCACCAAGGCAACAAGCAGUUUGGGACAGAGAAGGUGGGCUUUCUGUACAAGAAAAGUGAUGGAAUUCGAAGAGUCUGGCAGAAAAGGAAAUGUGGAGUCAAGUAUGGCUGCCUGACCAUCUCACACAGCACGAUAAACCGGCCCCCAGUGAAGCUGACCCUGCUGACGUGCCAAGUGAGGCCAAACCCCGAGGAGAAGAAGUGCUUUGACCUGGUGACGCACAACAGGACAUACCACUUCCAGGCGGAGGACGAACACGAGUGUGAGGCGUGGGUGUCGGUGCUGCAGAACAGCAAGGACGAAGCCUUAAGCAGUGCCUUCCUCGGGGAGCCCGGCAGCGGCCCGGGGCCCUGGGGGGGCGCCGGGCUGGACGGGGAGCCCCAGGACCUCACCAAGCUGCUCAUCGCCGAGGUGAAGAGCAGGCCCGGGAACGGCCAGUGCUGCGACUGCGGGGCUGCAGACCCCACGUGGCUCAGCACCAACCUGGGCGUGCUCACCUGCAUCCAGUGCUCCGGCGUGCACCGCGAGCUGGGCGUGCGCUUCUCGCGCAUGCAGUCCCUCACCCUGGACCUGCUGGGCCCCUCUGAGCUGUUGCUGGCCUUGAACAUCGGAAACACACGCUUCAAUGAGGUCUUGGAGGCCCAGCUGCCCUCACACGGCGGCCUUAAACCCUCUGCUGAGAGUGACAUGAGCACCCGCAGGGACUAUAUCGUGGCCAAGUAUGUGGAACACAGGUUCGCCCGGCGGUCCACAACUGAGCCUCAGAGACUCUGCAUAGCCAUUUGCAACCGGGACCUCCUGUCGGUCCUGGAGGCCUUCGCUAAUGGGCAGGACUUUGGACAGCCACUGCCUGGGCCGGAGGGGCAGGCACCUGGAGAGCUCGCCCUGCACUUGGCUGUCAGAGUCGCCAACCAGGCCUCCCUGCCCCUGGUGGAUUUCAUCAUCCAAAAUGGUGGUCACCUGGAUGCCAAGGCUGUUGAUGGGAAUAGCGCUCUGCACUACGCCGCUCUCUACAACCAACCCGAUUGCCUCAAGCUGCUGCUGAAAGGGAGAGCGUCCACGGGCACAGUGAACGAGGCUGGAGAAACAGCUCUGGACGUAGCCAGGAAGAAGCAGCACAAGGAGUGUGAGGAGCUGCUGGAGCAGGCCCAGGCUGGGACCCUCGCCUUCCCCCUACACGUGGACUACCCCUGGGGAAUUUCCACAGAACCUGGCUCUGACAGUGAGGAGGACGAGGAAGAGAAGCGCUGCCCUCUGAAGCCCCCAGCCCAGGUCCGCUGGGCCAGUGGGAGGCUGGACAUCAGCAACAAGACCUAUGAGACCAUUACCAGCCUGGGACCAGCCGGCCCUCAGAGCCAGAGUGAGGACUGCCCCCCGCCCUUGCCAGUCAAAAAUCCUUCUCGGACUGUGGUCCAAGGGCGUGCGGGACAUGCCAGUGGAGAUCGUUCUGAAGUCCCCAGCCUGAGCUCGGACCCCCCUGGGGCCCCUGAGAGCCUGAGCAGUCCAGCCUCCUCCUUCUCCAGCCUCACAAGCCCUGUGGAACCUGGGGGUCCCAGCCAAACCCUGCACGGCUCUGAAGAGGGCCUCUGGGAGCCCUCGGGCGCCUCUCGACCCAGCCUGCCAUCUGGAACCGCACCUGCGGAGACGUAUCCCCCUGUCAGGUUCAGCUCCGAGAGCACUCGCUCCUAUCGGCGGGGGGUGCGGAGCGCCGAAGACUGUCCCUCAGCCAGGCAGCCUCUACCUAGAAGAAACAUGCCGGAGUCUCCUGGAAUCCGCUGAGACUGCCAGCUCCCAGGCAUAGAGGGAUGUGACAGGGACAAGAUUGGCUUCGCUGAAGGAGAGGGCUCAAGGACUGGGGUUCUCCCGGCAAGUUCUAUGCAGCUUUUGCAAGACUAGCUCCUUGCUGGUCCUUGCAUGCCUGGACCACCCCCAUGCUGGACCCCAACGUUCAGAGCUAGGACUUGAGCCCACAAGACUGGGGAGCUGAGGUGUUCAUUCCCUUAGGUCUUGCUGUCUCUGUUCCUUGUGCUUUUGUGGCUGGCCUUCCUCCCUGCAACGGGCCCGUGCCCCCGCCAAGGACACUGGACCCUUCCAUGUUAGGGAUGAUGGUGGUUCUUUCCCCUCUAUCUCAUUACCCCCCAGGGGCCAGGGAGCCCUAUGGCUGGAUCUCCUGAGCUAGCUUCAGCUGCAGAACCCUCAAUCCCUUAUCAGACCAGGACUGUGUUUCUUCCAUCAGUCUGGGGGUUCCACAAGAGUAGGACCAGCCCACCUUCAUCAUUCUCCCUGUCCAGACCAGGGAUUCUGCCAGACUAGGAACUGUCUUCUCAGCCUUUCAUUAGUCUAGUAUUCCUUUACUGAGUUCCAGCUCUACGUAUGCCACAUGAAUAAGACAAGGGUCCUGCAGAGGCGGUCCCUUGCUGGGAAGCUGGUCCCAGAACUUGGGCUUGGGAAUGGGCAGGGCUAGUCCUGGGGAUGGUCCUGGGCUCGGGCAGGCUGACAAUCAGCUGGUUUGCCCCUGUGUGACACGGCAGCUGCCUGCAGCCCAUUUCCAUUCUGGCUGGUCAAUGCCCGUGCUCUACUGGCUGUUAAAUAAGUGUUCUAAAUAUCACCCCUUUUGAGGGUCAGCACAGCCUCCUGGGGGACCUCUGCCACACUCCCCAGCCGGGAAGUAGAGUAGGCCUCACCCCCAUGUGCCCACUCUCCUUGAUUUAGAGGAGUCUAAAUCCUCUAAGGAAGGAAGGAAAGCAACGGUCCAGGAUGAUUGAUCCUCACUUCUCUCUUUCUCUCGGUCAACUCAGGAGCCUUUCGGUCUCAGGGGAGGAACGGGCCCGGAAAGGAGAAAGCGGAGUGAUAGAAAUGGGAGGGCAAACAGUUAUAGGCUCUACUUCCCAGGGCCAGAAUUUCCAGCAUGGCUUUCAGCCCCAUGUUAGAAUAUAUCCAGACCAUCCUCAGUCUUUAACACCCCAGCCUUACGGUCGCUGGGCACCAGGCGCUGGCAGGGAUGGGCCAGGCCAAACGGGAGGCCAGAGGGUGCCAACGGCCAACGCGGCAGUCUGGCCCGGGAGGCUGGACUGUUUACUCUGGAGACCUGACUGGUCUGUGUUCCCACAGGAACAAGGUUGUCUUCUGAGCCCUCAGUGUCUGGUUUUGUUCAUCUCAGACUUGUUAUUUCACUCAUCUCUAAUAAAGGAUUUUUUUGAGUAAA